AUGGAGCAGAACCUUCCCUGCUGUGUGCGUGAGGCCUGGGAUUCGGUAGAGAAAUCGCUGGAACCAUCCAUGAUCUUCGAGGACCCCGGGCUCUGGUCACUCCCUCUUUAUCCUGUGCUGGGCCACCUCACUAUGGAGGAACAGGACCUCAACCUAGAACUAUAUUCUGCCCCCUGCGGGUUUCUGAAACAGUUCUGCUCAGUACACAGGCGCAGAGCACAGAGCACAUCCAGUCCAGGUGCAACGCUACCCGCCCCUGACCUGAGGCCCCAAACCCAGGAGCCAGAGAUGCAGAUGUCACCCUUGAUCUUUGAGGACCCCAGGCGCUGGACACUCCCUCACUAUAUGCUGGUCCACCUCUUUUGGGACAGCCAGGAUGUCCAAGUGGAACAAUAUCCUUGUCCUUGCGGGUUUCUGCACCAGGACUACCGGCUACAAAGGCCCAGAGUAUAG